GGAAGUGACGUCGCGGAUCACGUGGGGCAGUGACGUUCCCGAGCUCGUUUCCGGCCUCUCUCUGCCCUCAGCACCGGUCGCCGCUUCUCCCGUCUCCUGCUCCGGUCCCCGCUGCCUCCGCCAUGGCCAACGUCGUCGACACCAAGCUGUAUGACCUGCUGGGGGUGCCCGCGGGCGCCAGCGAGAACGAGCUGAAGAAGGCGUACCGCAAGCUGGCAAAGGAAUACCACCCGGAUAAGAACCCAAAUGCCGGAGAUAAGUUCAAAGAGAUCAGCUUCGCCUACGAAGUCCUGUCCAAUCCAGAGAAGCGCGAGCUGUACGACCGCUACGGAGAACAGGGCCUGCGGGAAGGAAGUGGCGGCAGCGGCAUGGAUGACAUAUUUUCGCACAUCUUCGGCGGGGGCCUGUUCGGGUUCAUGGGCGGACAAAGUCGAAGUCGUAACGGCAGACGGAGAGGAGAGGACAUGAUGCACCCACUGAAGGUAUCUUUAGAAGACUUGUACAAUGGAAAGACCACAAAACUUCAGCUAAGCAAGAAUGUGUUGUGUAGUUCCUGUAAUGGACAAGGCGGUAAGAGCGGCGCAGUUCAGAAAUGUACAGCUUGCAGAGGCCGGGGCAUGCGUAUAAUGAUCAGACAGCUGGCACCGGGGAUGGUGCAGCAGAUGCAGUCUGUCUGCUCCGACUGCAGCGGGGAAGGCGAAGUGAUUAAUGAAAAAGAUCGCUGUAAAAAAUGCGAAGGCAAAAAAGUUAUCAAAGAGGUCAAAAUUCUGGAGGUUCACGUGGACAAAGGCAUGAAGCACGGCCAGAGAAUCACAUUUGCUGGAGAAGCAGACCAGGCCCCAGGCGUGGAACCCGGAGACAUUGUUCUGGUGCUCCAGGAGAAAGAGAACGAGACCUUUCAGAGGGAAGGCAAUGAUCUGCACAUGACGCACAAGAUCGGGCUGGUUGAAGCCUUGUGCGGAUUUCAGUUCACUUUCAAGCACCUCGAUGGGCGUCAGAUUGUCGUGAAAUACCCCCCAGGAAAAGUCAUUGAGCCAGGCUCCGUACGCGUCGUCCGAGGCGAGGGCAUGCCGCAGUAUCGCAAUCCCUUUGAGAAAGGCGACCUCUUCAUUAAGUUUGAUGUCCAGUUUCCAGAAAACAAUUGGAUUAAUCCAGAAAAACUCACGGAACUUGAAGACCUUCUCCCAGCCAGACCAGAAACCUCCACACCCAGUGGUGAGACAGAGGAGGUAGACCUUCAAGAAUUUGACAGCACUCGCGGCUCUGCAGGAGGCCAAAGACGCGAGGCCUACAACGACAGCUCGGACGACGAGAGCAGCCAUCACGGUCCGGGCGUACAGUGUGCGCACCAGUAACCAUUUGUAAACCAAGUUGCACAAAAAAAAAGGAUAUUUUUCUUUUGAAUAAUUAUUUUGUUUUUUUUUUAUUAUUUUCUUUUCCUUUUUUCUUUUUUUUUUUUUUGCCUGUUUUUGUUUGUGACCCAGACAAAUCGCCCGGAUUGAUCUGAUGGACAUCUCUGUUGCUGUACGCGUAACUUUUAAAUUGGUUCUAUAGUAUUUACAGAGUGUAUAAUUUAAACUGUAAACUAACCACAAAGCUUACAUCCAGUUCUGACUGAUUAUAGCGAUAAUAAAACACUGAAAAGAAAGACGAGACGUUAGUUUUCCGCUCCUUGUACCAAACGCUUGGUCUUUACCAGUCUGUGUAGAUUUUACGUCUUCUAUUUUAAGUUGAUAAAUGUAAAGAAAUGUGUUAUGUCCCGGAGCUGUGUAUUUGGCUGCACUUACAUGAGCUGCUACUUAUAGAAUAAACAAUUUAAUGGCCUGUA